AGUGGUCGACAGUCUCUUGUUUGUUGUGUUGACGGCAAGACGAAAAUGGAGGAGGACCCUCAAAACCAAGAUAUAUGCCGUGUGUGCAGGUGUGAGGGCACCAGCGACCGACCACUCUUCCACCCCUGUAUAUGUACCGGUAGCAUAAAGUUCAUUCACCAAGACUGUCUCGUACAAUGGCUCCGCUACUCACGCAAGGAAUACUGCGAGCUCUGCAAACACCGUUUUCACUUCACGCCAAUAUAUUCUCCAGACAUGCCCAAGAGAUUGCCCAUAGCAGACAUUCUCACCGGCCUGGCACGGAGUAUGGGGACAGCAGUGCGGUACUGGUUGCACUACACACUCGUGGCCUUGGCUUGGUUGGGUGUUGUUCCCCUCACAGCCUGCAGAAUAUACCGGUGUCUCUUUACGGGCUCUGUGUCCUCUGUCCUCACGUUACCGCUUGAUAUGUUGUCUACAGACAACUUAGUGUCAGAUAUCUUCCAUGGGUGCUUUGUGGUGACCUGCACAUUAAGUGCUUUCAUCAGCUUAGUGUGGCUACGAGAACAAAUUCUUCAUGGUGGAGGGCCAGAUUGGCUUGAUCAAGAUGUACAACAUGAGCACGAACCUCCUGGAAAUUUUGGGCUGUUAAAUCAAGGCAAUGGCCAGGUUCCCGUGCAGCCACCUCACGACGACGCAGCAGCAGCGCCUCCCAUAGAAGAGGUCAAUGAUAAUGCCGCCGAGGUCAUUGACGACCCACUCCAUCAUGAAGUGGCUCCUGUGCCUGCUAAUCCAAACAUUCCAGAAGGUAAUGAAGGUGAACUACUACAUGAAGGUGUACCGGGUAAUAAUAAUUUAGAUCCAGGAGCAGCAGCAGACGAUCUCAACUGGAACCCCAUAGAGUGGGACCGAGCGGCCGAGGAGCUCACGUGGGAGAGACUCCUAGGCCUCGACGGCUCCCUCGUAUUUCUCGAACACGUGUUUUGGGUCGUGUCUCUCAACACCAUGUUCAUUCUUGUGUUUGCGUUUUGUCCAUAUCACAUCGGACACUUCACUAUAGUGGGGUUUAAGCUCAAAGGAUGGGUGUCAGCGUCGCACUUUGAGGGGCUGCUGACGGCGUUGUGUGGGUACUGUGUUGUUGGUCUGUGUCUGGUGUUGCUGCACACAUUGGCAGCCAUCAUCAGGCUCAACAGGUCCAAGAGAGUGUUGGGGUUGUGUUACGUGGUGGUGAAGGUCGCCCUGCUCAGUGUGGUGGAGAUAGGCGUCUUCCCCCUCAUAGGCGGCUGGUGGCUGGACAUCUGCUCCCUCUCACUCUUUGAUGCAACGCUCAAGGAUCGAGAGGUAAGCUUCAAGGCUGCACCAGGAACCUCCAUGUUCAUCCACUGGCUGGUAGGGAUGGUGUAUGUCUUCUACUUUGCCUCCUUCAUCCUCCUCCUUCGGGAAGUCCUACGGCCGGGGGUCCUGUGGUUCCUCCGAAAUCUUAAUGAUCCGGACUUCAACCCCGUACAGGAGAUGAUUCACCUGCCAAUUGUCCGUCACACUCGACGCUUCCUGGCCUCCAUGGUGAUCUUCGGCUCCACGGUACUGCUCAUGUUGUGGCUGCCCAUCAAGAUCAUUCAUGGACUGUGGCCCUCCUUCUUGCCCUACCAUAUCACUCUCUCAAGUGAUACACCAGUGAGUGAGUUGUCUUUGGAGUUGUUGCUGCUUCAGGUGAUUCUCCCGGCCUUGCUAGAGCAGGGUCACACCCGCGUCUGGCUCAAACUGUUGGUCAGACAUUGGUGUGCUGCUGUCUCACACGUCUUGGGCCUCAGAUCGUAUCUUCUGGGGGACGUGGCUCUUGACGCACAGGGAGGCGGAGUAGUGAUAGGCGGUGAUACAGGAGGAGGUGUUGGUGAGGUUGGAGCUGGAGCUGUCCCACAGGUGGAGUUGGAGGAGCCAGCUGAUGGGAUAGUGAACCCUGUGGUUGGUGGUGGCGCUGAUGCCUUGGCUGGAGGUCUUGGGGCUGCACAUCAGGCGUUGCUACAGCGCGAUGGUCCAACUGGCUUCCAAGCGUACGUCCGCCCAAGAUGGUUUGGUGUACGCAUCUUGGGGUUGAUCAUCAUGAUGUGCAUCAGCCUCACUGCAGCGUCAAUAAUGUGCCUCACUCUGCCUGUUCUUGUGGGGCGACAGUGCAUGUACUUGGCGUUGGGGGACACUAAGAGAUUAUCCGAGGCACCCUACUGGCCUCCUGAUCAUGCUGGCUGGACGCAGGCCGAAGUACUGCAAUGGGGUGUUAUGGGAUAUAUUUGGCAGGGCACGAAGGCGCUGAUAGCACUGGUGGUGGUGGCGGUGGUGGUGCCAUUGAUGGUGGGAGUGUUGAUGGAGCUGGUCAUUGUCAUCCCCCUCCGUGUACCACUUCAUCAGACUCCAAUACUCUUCCUGUGGCAGGACUGGGCUCUAGGAGUUCUCUAUACCAAGAUCAUGUGUGCGCUGGUGAUGAUGGGGCCCAACUGGUGGCUGAAGACCAACCUAGAGCAUAUAUACCUUGGGGGUGUGCGUGGUCUGGAUCUUAACCUCCUCGUGGGUCAGACCGCACUCCCGGUCAUCGCCUGUCUGGGAGCCUGUCUGACGGUACCUUACGUAACGGCUCACACUAUCGCCCCUCUUGUUGCCCCUCCUACUUCUCUGAUUUUGGUUGAGCGUCGCAUCUACCCGGCCCUGCUAGUGAUAACACUGUUGUCUAGCCUCAUCAUCAUGCAAGUUGUACAAUUCACACGCCUCUACGAACACAUUAAAAAUGACAAGUACCUGGUGGGGCGUCGUUUAGUUAACUACGACCACACGAGCAGCCAGCCUCCGCCGCCACUACAGGAGAAUGAAGUCACUCCUUUUGUUAGGUGAAGGUGCCAAACAGGGUAUGUAUUUGAUAUUUAUCAUGAAAAAAAAAGAAUUCUGUAUAUUGUCUGGUGAUGGUGCCUGACAUACCGUACAUAUUACAUAUAUGGCGUAACUGUAAUAUUAUACCUUGUAGAUACAGUAUAUUCAAGUGGUCGGGGCGGUGCACUGCCGACCAUCACGCCGUCACGAAGACUUUACAUGGCGUGGAUAUGAGUGUGUCACGUUUUUAAGAGCACCCUCCAGUGUUGUUGUGAGGUUUAAGUAGUGCCAGGACUCACGAUGACAGCGGUGGUGGGGGGGGGAGGGCGAUGAUGUCAGUGUGUGGUCCCAUAGAUGUGUGUGGAAACUGUUCAUCAUCUUAUAUUAUACAAGAGAGGUAGAGGUAAAAAAAACACACCGGAAAUGAAGAAAGGUAAUAGAAUUUUUUUUUUUUUUUUAGUUGUUGUGAACAUGGUAAAAGGUCUUUUAUCUCUGCAGUGUAGGGAAGACAAUGUUUUAACUAGAAUGAUGGAGAAUAUUGGGUCUGUGAAUAACAUCUGUCAACUGUACUAAAACACGUGAGAGAAUACCCGCAUAAAUAAUCACAAAAAAGGCUGCAAUUGGUAUAAUGUCUAUGGUAGCAGUUGCCAUAUUGUCUAUUAUUUAGUGAUUAUUGCUCUCACUUUUAAAGAAGCUCAAACUGAGGAAUAAGGUAAACACAAGUCACAAUGUUCUGGUUUUCUCCUCCUUAUGUUUUAUCUCAGUAUGGACCUUAGUUUUUAGAGGCUAUUUUGUAUUUGAUAAUGUACAUUGGGUCAUGGAAGUCUGCAAUCCUAAUAGGCCGAGACAAUGGGUAAUGCAAUCUUUGUGUUCCUGCCAUUGAUUUAUUGUGUGUGGUACCAACCCACUUUUACCUGUUAACUCCUCCUUGAGUACGAUGGUGUAAGAUCUUCGGUACGGUGACUUGACCCCAAGAGUACGAAAUCAUAAUCCACAUAGAGUACAAUGACAUCGUAUUCUAAGGGUCAUCAUCAUAAUCAAAGGGACUAAAUCAUCAUGCUGAAGGGAUUAAGGCAUACUCCGAGAGUUAAGUCAUUGUACUCAAGUGUUUCAAGUCUGAUAUCAUCCUCAAUACAUUUCUCACAUCUAUAUAAUUUGAAGCACUGUAGCCAAUCACCUGAGACCUUCAAAAACAUUCCUCUAUUGGUUCACACUUUAUAAAAAUCUUUAUUAUAUUUUCACAUUAUAACCUGGUUUUAUCUUCCUGUCUCUACUAAGCUACUUGUUUAUGUAGUGUGUAAAUCUCUGUUCUUAUUCCACUGUUGACUGUGGUAGGCAGAAUCCUUUCAGUAUCGUACACAAACGUCAAAGGUACCAUAUUGGCUAUCAGGAAUUAUGAACUAUAUACUGUAUGUAUUUAAGGUUAUUUUGUAAUGUUAUACAGUUUGUAUUGUUUAACAAAUACAAAAUGGAAUUCUAA